AUGUUUGGAAAAAAAAAGAAAAAGAUUGAAAUAUCGGGCCCAUCCAACUUUGAACACAGGGUUCACACUGGGUUUGAUCCACAGGAACAGAAAUUUACUGGCCUCCCACAGCAGUGGCACAGCCUGCUAGCAGACACUGCCAACAGGCCGAAGCCCAUGGUGGACCCUUCCUGCAUCACGCCCAUCCAGCUGGCGCCCAUGAAGACAAUCGUUAGAGGAAACAAACCCUGCAAAGAGACCUCCAUCAACGGCCUGCUGGAGGAUUUUGACAACAUCUCCGUGACCCGCUCCAACUCCCUGAGGAAGGAAAGCCCACCCACCCCAGACCAGGGCGCCUCCAGCCGUGGUCCAGGCCAUCGAGAAGAAAACGGGUUUCUCACCUUCUCGCAGUAUUCCAGCGAAUCUGACACCACUGCUGACUAUGCAUCUGAAAAGUACAGAGAAAAGAGUCUCUAUGGAGAUGACCUGGAGCCGUUUUAUAAAGGCAGCCACUCUGCCAGGCAAAAUGGGCACGUAUUGAAGAUGCAACACGGGGAGGCCUAUUAUCCUGAGGUGCAGCCUUUGCAGUCCGACAGAGCCCGGUUUCCUGCAGAUUAUCACGCACACUUGGACUCACUGAGCAAACCCAGCGAGUACAGUGACCUCAAGUGGGGCUUCCAGAGAGCCUCGGGCAGCUCCCCUCCGGAUUAUCCAUUCCAGUUCAUGCCUUCUAGAACUGCAGGGACCAGUGGGUGCUCAAAGGAGAGCCUGGCGUACAGCGAAAGUGAAUGGGGACCGAGCCUGGAUGACUAUGACAGGAGGCCCAAGUCAUCGUACCUGUGUCAGACGAGCCCUCAGCCCGCCAUGCGGCAGAGGUCCCGGUCAGGCUCCGGGCUCCAGGAGCCCAUGAUGCCCUUCGGAGAAAGUGCAUUUAAAACCCACCCCCAAGGACACUCCUACAGCUCCUACACGUACCCGCGCCUGUCUGAGCCCACAGUGUGCGUUCCAAAGGUGGAUUAUGAUCGAGCACAGAUGAUCCUCAGCCCUCCACUGUCAGGGUCCGACACCUACCCCAGGGGUCCCAGCAAACUACCUCAGAGUCAAAGCAAAGCAGGCUAUUCCUCAAGCAGCCACCAGUACCCAUCUGGGUACCACAAAGCCACCCUGUACCACCACCCCUCCCUGCAGACCAGUUCACAGUACAUCUCCACAGCUUCUUACCUGAGCUCUCUCAGCAUCUCAUCUAGCACCUACCCUCCACCCAGCUGGGGCUCCUCCUCAGACCAGCAGCCCUCCAGGGUGUCCCACGAACAGUUCCGGGCUGCCUUGCAGCUGGUGGUCAGCCCAGGAGACCCCAGGGAAUACUUGGACCACUUUAUCAAAAUUGGGGAGGGGUCGACCGGCAUUGUGUGCAUCGCCACGGAGAAACACACAGGGAAGCAAGUCGCAGUGAAGAAAAUGGACCUCCGGAAGCAGCAGAGGCGAGAGCUGCUUUUCAAUGAGGUUGUGAUAAUGCGGGAUUAUCACCAUGACAACGUGGUUGACAUGUACAACAGCUACCUUGUUAGUGAUGAGCUCUGGGUGGUCAUGGAAUUCCUAGAAGGUGGUGCCUUGACAGACAUCGUUACUCAUACCAGAAUGAAUGAAGAGCAGAUAGCUACUGUCUGUCUGUCCGUUCUGAGAGCUCUCUCCUACCUUCACAACCAAGGAGUGAUCCACAGGGACAUAAAGAGUGACUCCAUCCUGCUGACAAGCGAUGGCCGGAUCAAGCUGUCUGACUUUGGUUUCUGUGCUCAAGUUUCCAAAGAGGUGCCGAAGAGGAAAUCACUGGUUGGUACACCCUACUGGAUGGCACCCGAGGUGAUUUCUAGGCUGCCAUAUGGGACAGAGGUGGACAUCUGGUCCCUUGGGAUCAUGGUGAUCGAGAUGAUUGAUGGUGAGCCCCCCUACUUCAACGAGCCCCCGCUCCAGGCCAUGCGGCGGAUCCGGGACAGUUUACCUCCAAGAGUGAAGGACCUGCACAAGGUCUCCUCAGUACUGCGGGCCUUCCUAGACCUGAUGCUGGUGCGGGAGCCCGCUCGGAGGGCCACAGCGGAGGAGCUCCUCAGACACCCGUUCCUGAAACUGGCGGGGCCGCCGUCCUGCAUCGUGCCUCUCAUGAGGCAGUACCGGCAUCACUGA